AUGAGAAACCACACAGCAAUAACCACCUUCAUCCUCCUGGGAUUAACGGAUGACCCACAACUACAGAUUCUGAUUUUCAUAUUUCUAUUUAUCACUUACAUGUUGAGCAUAAUUGGAAACAUGAUCAUCAUCCUCCUUAUAUUAGUGGAUUCCAACCUUAAAACUGCAAUGUACUAUUUUCUCCAGAAUUUUUCCUUCUUAGAAAUUUCAUUUACUUCUGCCUGCAUUCCUAGAUUCUUGUAUAAUCUUUCAACAGGUGACAGGAACAUUACAUAUAAUGCAUGUCUAAGCCAGCUAUUUUUAACAGACUUAUUUGCAAUAACAGAAUUUUUCCUCCUGACCAUCAUGUCCUAUGAUCGGUACGUGGCCAUCUGCAAACCCCUGCACUAUGUGACCAUCAUGAACCGCAGGUUCUGCAAAAGACUUGUCUUCUGCUGUUGGAUGACGACUUUGUUGCUGAUGCUUCCAGCAUUUACUUUGUUUUUGAGUCUGGAAUUCUGUGACUCUAAUGCCAUUGAUCAUUUUGUCUGCGAUGCUAAUCCUCUGAUGAAGAUCUCAUGCUCAGAUACUUGGCUCAUGGAGCAGAUGGUCAUUGUCUGCUCAGUGUUGAUCUUCAUAAUCACUCUCGUGUGUGUGAUUCUGUCCUACGCUUAUAUCAUCAGAACAAUUCUGAGGUUUCCUUCAUCCCAGCAAAGGAAGAAGGCGUUUUCCACCUGUUCUUCCCACAUGAUUGUGAUUUCCAUUUCCUAUGGCAGCUGUAUCUUUAUCUAUACCAAGCCUUCAGCAAAAGAUGAUACUGCCAUGAAUAAAGGGAUUGCACUAUUACCUACUUCUAUCUCCCCCAUGUUGAAUCCAUUUAUUUACACGCUAAGGAACAAACAAGUGAUACAAGCCUUUAAUGACUUGACUAUGGAGAAACUGAGCAAAAGGUCAUGA